AACGUGAACGCGAAGCCAUAUCCGCGAUACCCCUUCUUCUCCCUGCGUUAUCCGCGAUCCCACGCGCGACGCCUCCCCAUCGCGACUCCACUUCUCCCUCGCGACUCUCCUCCCUAGGGCCGCCGCACACGCCGCCGCCGACUUCCGCAGGAUCUGCCGCGUCUCGCCGCAAAAGGAAAGCUCUGUGGGGAGGGGGAGGGAGGAGAAGACGACGACGACGUGCAUCAAUUGGAUCGGGAAGGAUCUGUAAGGUGCGUGUUUUCUUCCCUCCCCUCUGAACCCCUUCUUAUUUUCUCUUCCUACGGAUCGAUUUGCUAGGAACGAGUGAACGACUCCUUUAUUAACAGUCCCGUAGAUGAAUGUGUCUCUAGUGCACUGCUCUGGUAUAGACAACCUUUGGCAUCUUAACAAUCUGUCUCCCACACGGGGAUGGUACUGCUUCAGUGAAGAAACAAGCUGAAUGAGGGGUGAUCUGGAGACACGGGAAGACCUUCUGCUUCUUGCUGUUUUAUGAUAGCUAGUAGCCCCUUUUCAGUCGUUUUGGACAGUGUGAGUGUUGGCGGCUUGUAAAGCGAGGUCGCGUAGCUGCUCUAGCAGACUCUUUUGUUUGUGCUUUUCUUUUGUUUCGUUCUCGAGCUCGAACUCGGAUGCUACCUGGAACCACUCUUAAAACUCUGUAAUUUUGUCUCCAAGGUACAAAACAAUCUGAAGAAUCUGCACGUGCUUUCUAUCCAAACUCUCCCUUAUAAUUCAGGCAUAAACAUCCUAUGUACAGAAAUAUAAGUACUCAUUGACUAGAUCUCUGUCAAGAAUAUGUAAGUGCAUAUGUGUUCCCUACUUGUACCCAAAGAAACAGCAAGCACAUUCACAAGGAGUUGUGCUAAUCAGUUAGAUUAGAUUACUCUUUGUUAACAAUAGUGAAGUUUUCGGUUUGUAAUGCAGGCCAAUUAAAUUACAUUGGUUAAUUAAUAGUCAGUAUGUAAUGUUAACUCUAUCAAGUUGUCUCCUUGCUGGAAAGAAAAGCAAGUAUGUACAAAUGUUCAGAAACCUUGAUUGGACAGCUACAGAAGAACUAAGUUGAUAAUUCUAUCCAAAAUUCAAUGUUGUGUUUAUUUUCAGUUACUCUGAAUAAACUGAUUUGAUUUUAGUUUAUUUAUGAACUUCCCAUGUACUUGCAGUAGGAGCACUACACUAUUCUCACUAAUUUGCAUGUUUGUUUGGGUUGAGGUAGAGAUAUGCUGUUUUGGUUUUAUACUUUGGACAGCAAUGAACUAUUCUAAUUUUGCACAGUACUGUCUUUAAACAGUGCUAUGGCUCGUCUUCCAUUAACUAGUUGGCAUAAACACUUAUAUGUUCAAGUAUUGUACUGAUGCAGAACCUUUAGGAGCUCACAACAGCUGCUGGUGGUCCAAAUUUGCUCUUUCCUGUUAGUUGUGUUUUGAUAUGCAUACAACAACAACAACAACAACAACAACAACAACAUAGUCUUUUUUUCCCAAGCAAGUUGGGGUAGGCUAGAGUUGAAACCCGAAAGAAAUAAGUUCAAGGUUCAGGCAUAUUGAUAGCUAGUUGCCAAGCGCUCCUAUCCAAAGCUAUCUCUUUAGAGAUAUUCCAAUCCUUAAGGUCUCUCUUAACCGACUCAUCCCACGUCAGUUUAGGUCUACCUCUACCCCUCUUUACAUUAUCGACCUGCUCAAGAACCCCGUUACGCACCGGCGCCUCAGGAGGCCUUCGUUGGACAUGUCCAAACCAUCUCAGCCGAUGCUGGGUAAGUUUCUCCUCAAUUGGUGCCACCCCGACCCUAUCCCGAAUAACUUCGUUCCGGGCUCUAUCCCUCCUUGUGUGCCCGCAAAACCACCGCAACAUCCGCAUCUCUGCUACACUCAGUUGCUGGACAUGUCGCCUUUUUGUAGGCCAACAUUCAGCACCGUAUAACAUCGCCGGAUGAAUUGCUGUCCUAUAGAAUUUGCCUUUUAGCUUUUGUGGCACCCUCUUGUCACAAAGGAUGCCAGAAGCUUGCCGCCAUUUCAACCAGCCAGCUGAAAUUCUAUGCCUAACAUCUUCAUCAAUGUCGCCAUCCUUUUGUAGCACCAAUCCUAAAUACCGAAAAAUAUCCUUCUGGACCACCACUUGCCCAUCUAGACUAACGUCUCCCCCCUCAUGCCUAGUCGCGCUGAAAUCGCACAUCAUGUACUCGGUCUUGGUCCUACUAAGUCUGAACCCUUUCGACUCUAACGUGCGUCUCCACAGAUCUAACUUCCUAUUAACCCCUGCCCUACUCUCGUCAACUAGCACCACAUCAUCAGCAAAGAGCAUACACCAAGGGAUCUCACCUUGUAUAUCCCUUGUGACCUCAUCCAUCACUAAAGCAAAUAAAUAAGGGCUCAAUGCCAUCACAUGUCCGGACAAACGUCGUCGCAUCCUUGUACAUAGAUUAGUUGUGUUUUGAUAUGCAUAGAUUAGUUAUACAUAUUUGUUUGCCCUGUUGUUCUUUGAUAUCCAUAGAUUAAUUAGUUAUACAUAUUAGGUAUCCAUAGAUUAGUAUGGAACUUGCCAUUUGUGCUGUUUAAUUUCACCUUCAUUGUGCUCAAAGGAAGUGAGUGUGCAUGCUGCUGUUAUUUUUUCCACUCAAGAAUUUGAUAAGUCAGUAUUCAUUUGGGAAGUGCUUGAAAUAAUUUUGUGAUUAGCUAAAGAAUGUUAAUUUGCAUAGCAUGUUUGUGUGUGUUGCACAUACUGGAAAGUUCAUUCUUUAGUAGUACACUGAUGUAGGACCUUUAGUAGUUCACAGUGCCUACUGCUAGUGCAGUGAUUCAGAGCUAUUACUUUUGAAUUUUUGUGAUGCUGAAGACUGGAUUCCAUGCAUAGUUCAGUCAACAGCAUGCCAUGGUCUUUUGUUUUUGCCUUGUUUUGAUAAAUGAACUAGUAUGCAAAAAUGCUGCAUCAUGGUUAUUGCAUUCAUUUUUUUUUCCUAAUUUUAUCAUAUGACGAGGUCUGUGUCUAUAUCCCUGACAUCAAAAUGUCUCUUCUUUAGAUGAUACUCAAGGGAAGAAGUGAGGAGCCAUGCAGAAAGCCAAUGUACCAGAUCUGCAGUCAACCUUAUGCUAGAUUAUUUAUAUGAACUUCUGAAUUUUCCAAUGUUAUUGUGUUCUCAUUUUGAAGCUCUAAGACUUGCAGCAUUGGACUUAUCAUAGCUUUUGUAUUUUAUUUUAUUUUGCCAUAGAAUUGCAUGCGUACAGUACUGCUUUUUAAUUUAUGAAUUAUGAUGAUCAAUGGAUACUUUAAUUUAAGAUGAUCCGUGGAUAUUUUAAUUUGUGACUAUCGAUGGAUAUUUUAAUUUAUGAUGGUCAUGUCUGUAAGCGCUAGCUACCUAGCUCAAAGAGCACUGUUUUGCUUGCUUCCUGCAGCUGUUAACAGUGCUCCCAACCAAACACGGUAUUGUAAUGAGAAAGCGUUACUUCCAUUAACCAAACAUAAUAAGGCGUUUUUCCUUGCACCGUAACAGAUACCACCGCUUUUUGAUUCCAUUAAUGUUACGGGGAACCAAACACUACCUAUGUGUAUGCUGAACUGAAUCACUUUUAUUGAAAAAUAUGUGUAUGCUGAACUAAAUCACGGUUAUCUAUCAAAACAUUUAUUAAAUAUUGAGAUUUUUUUUGUGCUCAGGAAAAAAUAACUUAGUCAUUGGUUGAGACUUUAUUUCUUUUUGCUGCUGAAGUGUUUGCUAUGCGCUACAUUAUCCUUCCUUUCUACUAAUAAUUUGCUGUCAUUCUGAUAUUUCUAGGUCUCAGUGAUCACCGGUAGCGUCCUCAUCAAAGGCCUUUUGCAAAAUUAUGCGAUCUUCAUGGGCUGAUUCAGUUGCGAACGCCGAGGAAUCGGCGCCCGCGACUGUUACUGCUCCUGCUCCUGCUGCUAAUCAUCAGAGUGGGCGCCCCACCCUCAGCACAUACGUCCCUCCUCAUCUCCGUGGUCGCUCAGGUGGUCCACCCUCUGAGAACCAGGCAGUGCCUGCUGCAGCUCCUGCACCAGCUGAGCUACGGUCAGCUGCUGCGCAGCCUUCAGGCUACGCAGCUGUUGUUGGUGGCAACUCUCGUUGGUCUGGCCCUGCUGGCGUUGGUGGUAGCAGCGCCGUAGUUGGUCCUCGCCAGGGUGGUGGGGGCGGGGGUAGUGGUCGAGGUGGCGGCGGCGGUUGGAACUCUCGCCCUGGGUGGGACCGUAGAGAUCGCGAACCAAACCCCUUUGCCAAUACUGAGGCCGCAGAUGUUGAUUUUGAGAGUCAGGAGAACACGGGCAUCAACUUUGACGCAUAUGAGGAUAUUCCUGUGGAGACAAGUGGCCAUGACGUCCCUCCACCAGUCAACACCUUUGCAGAGAUUGAUUUGGGCGACGCACUGAAUGAGAACAUACGAAGGUGCAAGUAUGUGAAGCCAACACCAGUGCAGCGACAUGCCAUUCCUAUCGCCAUUGCAGGUAGGGAUCUCAUGGCUUGUGCCCAGACAGGGUCUGGAAAGACUGCAGCAUUCUGUUUCCCUAUCAUCAGUGGUAUUUUAAAGUCACGGCCACCUCAGAGGCAAAGAGGUUCCAGGACAGCUUAUCCACUGGCGCUGAUAUUGUCCCCAACUCGUGAGCUGUCUAUGCAAAUUCAUGAAGAAGCAAGGAAGUUUUCAUACCAAACUGGUGUUAGGGUGGUUGUUGCAUAUGGUGGAGCACCAAUACAUCAGCAGCUGAGGGAACUUGAAAGAGGUGUUGAAAUCCUUGUGGCAACUCCUGGUCGUUUGAUGGAUCUGCUGGAGAGGGCUAGAGUAUCACUACAAAUGAUAAAAUACUUAACUCUUGAUGAAGCUGAUCGAAUGCUCGAUAUGGGGUUUGAACCACAGAUACGCAAGAUUGUUGAUCAGAUGGAUAUGCCCCCUCGUGGUGCGAGGCAGACUAUGCUGUUUAGUGCCACCUUUCCAAAAGAAAUCCAGCGUCUGGCUUCAGAUUUCCUUGCCGACUACAUCUUCCUUGCUGUUGGAAGAGUUGGUUCCAGUACUGAUUUGAUUGCUCAGAGGGUCGAGUUUGUACUUGAGGCAGACAAAAGAAGUUAUCUGAUGGACCUUCUUCAUGCACAAAAAGCUAAUGGUGCCCAUGGGAAGCAAGCUCUUACUUUGGUCUUUGUGGAGACGAAGAGGGGAGCUGAUGCUCUUGAGGACUGGUUGUUCAAAAAUGGGUUCCUGGCAACAAGUAUUCAUGGUGACAGGACACAACAGGAAAGAGAGUCUGCAUUGAGAUCCUUCAAGAGUGGAGCUACUCCCUUACUCGUUGCAACUGAUGUGGCUGCUCGUGGACUUGACAUACCUCAUGUUGCUCAUGUCAUCAAUUUUGACCUUCCAAAUGACAUAGAUGACUAUGUUCAUCGUAUUGGGAGGACAGGACGAGCGGGGAAAUCUGGUUUGGCAACUGCAUUCUUCAAUGAGGGCAACUCAUCACUGGCAAAGCCUCUGUGUGAGCUAAUGCAGGAAGCUAACCAGGAGGUUCCUCCAUGGCUUGAGCGAUAUGCAGCCCGUUCAUCCUAUGGAGGUGGCGGUGGGAGGAACCGCCGAUCAGGUGGUGCUCGAUUUGGUGGCCGUGACUUCCGCCGUGACCGGGACUUCAGGGGAGGUGGCAGUGGUGGAGGAUAUGGUGGUGGCAGCAGUGGAUAUGGUGGUGGAGGUUAUGGCGGCGGUGGAUAUGGUGGCGGCUAUGGUGGAGGUGCAACAAGUUCCUGGGAUUAAAUACUGUUUCGUAGUCACCAGUGAGAAUUGAACUGAAUUCGUAUUCUAUUGAUGUUAACUGAAACAGAUGUGGAGUUUGUAGUCAACUCUAGGGUGGUUGGUAUGGUGCUGGAGAAAGGCCCCUAUUUACCUUGUUAAUGGUUGGUUAAUGGCUUCUUGCUGUCUCUGCGCGUGAUGGGCUUUUUAUGAGUGUUAUGGCCUUGGGUUGAUUCGGCUGUUCUUUACCGCUCAUUGCCUGUAGUUCUGGAUGCUGGGCGUGGUUGAACUAUUAUUUGUCGAUGGGCCUUGGGUUAACAGAGAAUUAUUUAUAGAUGGGCGUUGUUAAA